AUGUUCGCAGGGGUUGCGUUGAGAUUGCGGGCAUGUGUGAGAAGGCCAGUGGGCUUGAAAGCCCUCUAUAAGAACCCAGUCUAUUUGGAGCAAGUAAAUUUAAAGCCUUUCAAUAGAGGGCGAUGGAUAAAUAAUGGAAAGACUACUCAUAAACAAAGUAUAGAAGGAUGUAAACCAACUGAGAAGGGUAUAGAUAGCUGCUCAGAUUCCCUGCAUAAGAAAAGUAUUUUGAUGCAGAAGAAUCGACAACUUCUGACUAAGGAAAAGCUGUUAAGUGAAGCAACAGGGUUAUUUGAAAGAUUUAAAAUAAAUACAAAAUGGCUGUUAAUUCGUGGUAAUCGGCCAUUUAGUGGGGAGGAAUUAUCCACCUUAUUUUCUUGGUUCAUUAUUUCUCACCUGGUAUGGAUUGUGUUGGGAACUACUACAUUUGUAUCGUUGCUGCUGUUUACAAUGAAUACGGUAUUUGCAAAAGGUUUAGUUGGAAAAUUUGUUGGUAACUGCCUUAACAGGUGCAUCGAAGGUGUAGAUGUGGAAUUCCAGGAUGCCAUGGUGCCAGAGUGGGGGAAAGGAAAUAUUAGCUUUAAGAAAGUUCGGGUGAAAACGACGCCUGGUGCACAAGGUUCAUAUGGCAUACUGAGCUUUGAUCUAUCGUUUAAUCAAAUUAACCUCACACUUUCUGUUAAGAAAUGGCUCCAAGGUGAAGGGUUGAUCCAGGAUAUAUAUCUAUCGGGGGUAAAGGGUGCAGUUUCCGUACGUGGUGGGAUGAAGGAUGGUUACCGCAUCGCGGACUGGUUUUCGAAUCACAACUACCGCCUGGGUGAGGUAGAGAUUAAUGAUAGUCUAAUAACGUUUAAUGAUGUUGAUUUUCAACAACAAUUCCAUCUUUCGGUAUACAAUCUGCAUAUGAAGCAGUUGAGGCUCCAGUGGUGCCUACUUGAUUUGUUAAAUGCGGAAGUUGUCUCUGGUGCAAUAAACGAAUCAUUGUUCAGCAUUCAUAAAAGACAGCAUAAGUUAGCAUACAUGAGAGAGUUUGAGAAAGACUUCUUACCCUGGUCCCGGAUAGCACGUGUGAGAUUGAACCCCAUCUCUAUUAAGGAGUUAGGUCUAAACAAAAGCAAAGCCUUUAACUGGAUGGAAGCUGGCCAAGUUGAAAUACUUGCCGAUAUUAUGCUUCCCACUGUCGAAUCAAACGAGCUUUAUGAAGAGGAGAACAAGUACAUUGUUAUGGACUUGAAGUUUGUUUUCACCGACUUAGCAGCAAGGAUGGGAUCAGAGACUCCAAAGUUAUCCGACAAUCGAGAAUUAGUGUCGAUAGAAGAGCUCAAACCCAUAAUCAAUUUUAUUAAUUAUAAACGUGGGGUGUUUUGUUCCUUGAAGGAUGUGGACAGGGUCAAUGUCCCUUGGAAUACAAAAGUAUCCAUUAAUAAACAGAAAUCAUAUCCGGAUAAGGUAGUGAUUUCUUCUGGUGCAUUUAAAUGGCCGGAUGGUGAAGACACCAUUGCAAUGAAUAGAGAAGUUAUCAAAUACCAUGAACAGCCUACAUCUAAGGGUAAUGAAAUAGUUCUGAAAUGUCGCGUCGUCAAAGAUUCGCAUGAACUGCAGGAUGUCUUUUUGUUCAAAGAGACAGGUGUUUAUGAUCAACUGGCUAUGGAAAUAUAUGCGGAUUUGAUGAAGAUGAUUGAAGAAUCCGAGUACAAAAAAAAGAAUGACUGGGUGAAGGUAUGGGGAACUACCGUAGCAUCGCAGCUUCUGAUUUUUGGAUUAGGAGCGAUAGUUUAA